ACCAUAUGUCACAAAGUUUUAUUACUCACGAGAUGCCUUAAUUUCAUUUGAUAAUCAACUUGUUUAGAUUUAGUCAAGAAGAAAAAAACAAUUCUAUUUCCCAUAAUUUGACUAAUUUGUCAACUGACUCACUCACUUCACUAACUCUAGAUCUCUUCUUUACUCCCAAAAAAAAAAACACAGAUUUUCUCUCCUGAGAAGAAGAAAAAUGGGGGCAGUUUCACUGAAAAUAGGGGAUGGAACAGCAAGAUUUAGAAGAGCAACAAUGUGGACAUCAGCAGUUAAUGGAUUGAUGCUUUUCUCAGUUCUUACCACAAAUCUGUUUGCACUUUAUGCUUUCACUUACAACCCUAACAAAAGCAAUGAAAAUCACCAAAACCCACUUCACCAAUCUCAAAAAAACAUGUCUUUAAUCUCAGAACAAGUUUCUCUCAUCAUGAAAGAGAUUGAAUCUUCCCAAAAAAAACUUACCCAGAUGGAAAAAGAGCUUCUUGGAUAUGAAACCAUUGAUGUUUCAAAACCCAAUACACCAAAUGAGCUUAAACUCUUCUUGCAAAGACAUUCUUUACCUUUAGGAAAAGAUUCAAAAACUGGGAUCACUCAAAUGGUGGCUUCUGUGGGUCAUACUUGCAGCAAAUCUAUGGAUAUGCUGUCUCAAUUCAUGAAUUACAAGGUCAAUGGUCAAUGCCCAGAUGAUGUGAGUGUUGCACAGAAGUUGAUUUCAAAAGGGUGUGAGCCUUUGCCAAGAAGAAGGUGUUUUGCAAAGACAAUUCCUAAGGUAGGGAAUCUGUAUCCUUUUCCUGCUUCACUUUGGAAAACUGUUAGUGAUAAGAUUGUUAGUUGGAGUGGACUUGGUUGUAAGAAUUUUACAUGUUUAAAUGGUAAGAAAUUGGGUAGAGAUUGUGUUGGUUGCUUUGAUUUGAGUAAUGGGAAUGAGAAUCAGAGGUUUGUUAAGGGUAAAGGAAAGAAUGAUUUUGUAAUUGAUGAUGUUUUAGGUAUGGGAGUUGAAGGGAUUAGGAUAGGACUUGAUAUUGCUGGUGGGUCUGGAACUUUUGCUGCUAGAAUGGCUGAAAAGAAUGUAACUGUGAUCACUCAAACUUUGAAUAUCGAAUCGCCAUCUAAUGAUUUCAUUGCUGCUAGGGGAUUGUUUCCUUUGUUUAUGAGUUUGGAUCAUAGGUUCCCUUUUUAUGAUAAUGUGUUUGAUUUGGUUCAUGCUGGAAGUGCAUUGGAUGUUGGAGGGAAGCCUGAGAAGCUCGAGUUUUUGAUGUUCGAUAUUGAUCGAGUUUUGAGGGCUGGGGGGUUGUUCUGGUUGGACAACUUCUAUUGUGCUACUGAUGACAAGAAGAGGGAUCUAACAAGGUUGAUUGAGAAAUUUGGGUAUAAGAAGCUGAAAUGGGUUGUAGGAGAGAAAACAAUGUCAGGAAAAUCUGAGUUGUAUUUGUCAGCUGUUUUAGAGAAGCCUGUUAGAGCGUAAUUUUACAACAAGUUCAAAUGAUCACUGAUAGGUAAGAAGAACAUCAGUUUUUCAGCAUAGUUCACAACAAAAUUCAUGUGAGCAUGUCUUAUAGUUUUCUCAAGAAAUAUUUGAUUUGAAUGUCUAAUAAAGUGGAGAAGUAAGAAAUGUAGUUAUUGCUUCUCAUGUAUGUCAAUUGUUAUAGAAGAGGAUUAGAAGUUAUUUACAAUGCAAGUAGGAUAUAUAUAUUUUCUAAGGUAUUCUUGUUUCGAAAUGGUUACAUACUUAGAAACUAGUGAAGUUUCAUUCAAUGUAGGCGUUCAUUUUAUACUAGUGACUUGUAAUGGCGUUGGAUCUGAUUUCAUUCA